UAAGCGAUGAGACCUCUGGGAGAUGUAGUCCCUUCGUUCGAACGCCUGCGCCGGACCCUCGCUGGUGGCGGUAAAAAACUACAAGCCCCAGCAGGCCGUGCGGUGCGCGUUCAGGGAGGCGUAGGGCGGGGAGUCGGGCUGUGUCGGUGGGGAGGCAGCACUGACCCCGCUCUGCCCAACGGAGGAUCAAUGGGGAAGAGGUAUUUCUGUGACUACUGUGACCGAUCCUUUCAAGACAAUCUUCACAACAGGAAGAAGCACCUGAACGGGGUGCAGCACCUGAGGGCCAAGAAGGCCUGGUAUGACCUGUUCCGAGAUGCUGCUGCUGUCCUGCUGGAGGAGCAAAGCAAGAAGCCCUGCAGGAAAUUUCUGCAAACAGGGCAAUGCGACUUCGGGUUCAACUGCAGAUUCUCUCACAUGACUGAGGAGGAUCUGGAGAAGCUGAACGCACAGGUACAAGAGGAAAGGAGAUCAAAGGAGGAAGGAGCAGAGGUCCCAGCUGGCACAGUAGACGACUGGCUGGAGAAGAGAGAAAAGAGGGUGAGCUUGGCUCAGAGCAACAGUUCUCUGACGGAGAAGAUGUUGGUUUUUCAGUACCCACCUGGCUGGCCUCCAAUACAGGACCUUCCCCCAUCCCUUCAGGCUCCACCCCCUGGAGGAUGGCCAGUCUUACCCCACCUCCAGUGGGGAUGAAGGCUGCAGGGGGGUGAGAUGCAAGAAGGAGGAGUAGAUGUGUGGAGUUAUGCCUCAUGGAGAAGAGAGGGGUCUGGUUGCUGUAGGAUAUGUUCAGUGUUACUUCAUAUAUAUUUUUUAAAUGAAUAAAAGUCACUUG